AUGGUCAACACCAGAUCUAAUCCAAUUCCAAUGGCAGAUCAACCUCCCCAAGAGGGAAAUGUCGAAGAAGCAUGGGUUGCUUCGGAGACAACCUUCGAAUCAAUGGGUAACGUGCGCUUCGCUAUCUCACCCAGUCUUGCGCAAGGACGUCGAGUCAUCCUCGACUACUCCAUCCCGAAAAUUGCAAAGCUUUAUGUAGCAGCCACAAAGCCACUUUCGAAGACAGAGUUUGACAUCAAAGCGAGCGAACUCACUCCUUUGCUCUCUAGCCUUUCGUUACGCGCGAGAGAACAUGGAUGGCAUACACACCAGAACGACGGAAUCCUCAAUAUUCCGGACAAUCUCAAUGCUCCCCACGGCAGUUCCAAGUCGUUACUCAAGGAGUACGGUCAGAUUUCCCUCGCUCACAUUCGCAACUACGUCUCAACGUAUGCGAACACGGAAACACGCGACGUUCAAGAUGAUGAGGCACUCUAUCAGUGCUUAAAGGUGUCACUUACUCAUGAAGCAAUUGCCAAAAUUGACCUUUAUGAAAGCGAGUGGACUGUUGCCGGACAACCAUCAGGAAUUGCGAUGCUCAAGGUCAUCAUUCGCCAAGCGUACGUUGACACAAACGCAACUACAAUGCACGUGCGUACCAAACUCAGUAAGCUCGACGCUUACAUGGAAUCGCUCGCGGAGCACAACGUGACGAAUUUCAACGAAUACGUAUACGAGCAGCUCCAAGCUCUCACGGCACGAGGAGAACGGACACUUGACUUACUCCCAAACCUAUUCAAGGGUUACGAAGCAGCCAAGGACACGCAAUUCUUGGAGUACAUCCGCAAGAAGAAAGCAGAAUUCGAAGAAGGAACGCUCACAUUGCAACCGGAGAUCCUAAUGUCGCAGGCAUCGAUCAAAUACCGAACAUUGGUGGAAAAGGGGGAAUGGGACGCUCCGUCAGAAAGCGAAACGAAGAUAAUCGCGUUGACAACGCAAGUUCAGCAGCUUCAGUCCGCAGCAAAGAAGGCACCAAAGCCAAAGUCCAAGGAAAAGGGAGAUACAAAGGGAAAGAAGAAGAAAGGAAAGAAAUCCGACAAACGAAAGAUGGACAAGUACGCUUCUCUCAAGAUCCCAGCGGCGUCGGAACCACAUACGAAAGUUUUCGACGGCGAUACGAUUUCGUUCUGCACCAAUCACCAAGCUUGGGGAACGCACCUCGCGAAGGACUGCAAAGGCUACGGACUCGAAAAGGACUCUGGUGGCAAGCCUAUCCCCAAAACUGCGGGACAAAAGAAGGACGACAAGAACUCCAAAACUCAAGCCGCAAUCAUGCGGAUGAGCAAAGCUCUGACCGCCGAGAUCAGCAAGGCUGGCGAAGAGGAAUGA